UAGCAAUUUGUAAGAUAAUCGUUUAAUGUCGAGAUGCAUAGCGCUUUUACUUCCACUCAAACAACAAUUAGCUUUAUUCUCUUCUUCAAAAUUCCCACAAAUGUCGUCUUCUUCUAUUGAUAUCAAUCCAAAAUGUUACCCUUUGGUUGAAAGAGGAAAUGUUGUUGAUGAUUACCAUGGAAAGAAGAUUCCAGAUCCAUAUCGUGCGCUAGAAGAACCAGACGCUGAAAUUACAAAAGAUUUUGUGCAGCAAAUUAAUUCAAUAUCGGAGCCUUUCUUUCAAGCAUGUUCUUGCAGAGAAGUUUUCCGCGAACGUUUGACUUCAACUUGGGACUAUGAAAAGUUUGGUUGCCCAUCGAUUCAUGGCGAUUAUUAUUAUUACUUUUACAAUUCUGGUCUUCAAAAUCAUUAUGUUUUGUAUCAACAAAAAACUUUGGAUGAAAAAGGAAAAGUCUUUAUGGAUCCAAACACGUGGUCGGAAGAUGGAACAACUUCUCUUUCUCACACUUCUUGGACUGAAGACGGAACACUACUUGCCUAUGGUUUCAAAAAAUGUACUGGAGAAGAAUUGGCUGAUGUGAUUCCUGGUGUUAAAUUUUCUGGAUUGUCUUGGUUGCACGACAACUCUGGAGUGUUUUAUUCGGUAAAUAACUUUAUUAUAAGUCGGAACUCUAACUGGGUUACUUUGGUUUAUUUUUAUGCAUUUAUGCGUGGUUCCUACUUGCACAUAGAAGAAUUGGGGAUUUUUAAAGGCUUUAGGCGAGGGAAGAUGGGCCCCGCCGACUUGCUGGAUAAAUAUCCUGAAGUUAAAACUACGGCCGAAGGCAGUUCAACGGAAAAACACGAGUUCCAUUCUCUAUAUUUCCAUCGCCUUGGAACCGAUUCAAAAGAAGACGUUUUGGUUUAUGAACGUCGAGAUGAUCCUGGCUAUUUUAUUAAUGCUUGGGUUUCUGACGAUGGCAAAUUUCUUUUUAUGACCCUUUCUAAGGGAUGUAAUCCAAAAAAUCAACUGUAUUACUUUAAUUUAACAACUCAAACAAAAAUUGACGGGAAAUUGGAAUUUGCUCCUUUAUUCGAUAAAUCUGAUGCCACUUAUUCUGAAAUUGAUUCUGAUGAUAAUUCUGCUUUAAUAAUGACCAAUUUCAAUGCCCCAAUGUUCAAAAUUGUGCGUGUCAAGUUAGGCCAAGGAGCAACUCCUAAUCAAAACGAUAAUUGGGACGUGAUUAUUGAUGAAGAUCCGAAAAGAAAAUUGGAUUGGGCUAUGGUGGUAGAUGGAAAUAAAUUACUUGUUUGUUAUAUGGAAGAUGUUAAGGUUAUUAUUUUGCUUUUUUGGGGUUAA